AUGAACUCGCUAUUCAACGCGGCGCUGAAGCAGUCCUCUGCCCUCCGCCGCGACCUGGACGUUUUUGCUGAAGCUGGCAGCAUGACAUCCCCCGCUUUGCAAGGCCAAAUAUCCGCCUCUCUUACAUCAUUCUCCCGCACAAUCGACGACUAUUCCUCCCUUUCCAAACAAGAACUCAUCCCCGCCAAGCAAGAGCUGGCCUUUGAACGGUUGAAGAACUUCCGCACCGAACUGGCAGAUUACAGACAAUUAUUUGAUCGACUAAGAAAGGCGCGUGAUGAUGCUCAAUCCGCAUCAAACCGCAACGAACUCCUCGGUCGCCGCCCCCAUCACGCUUCCACCCCCGAAAACCCCUACGCCCAAUCCAACCUUCCACAAUCCUCUCCCUUCGCAAACCCAAACUACCCGCUCCACCGCUCCUCGCCGAGUACUAGCGGCGGCGGUGGCGGCCUCGGUUUCAGCGGCGGGCCAACAGACUACGCUCGCGAAGAUCGAGUCCUACGCGAACAGUCCUUCUUUUCCAACACAAACGCACAGCUGGACGAAUUUCUUGAUAGGGGCCGGGCCGUGCUGGGCGACCUCGGGCAGCAGCGGGAGAUCCUUAAAGGGACGCAGCGACGGUUAUAUAGCGUUGCGAACACGUUGGGGGUGAGAGAGCUUGGGGGACUACGGUUUCCUCGUCGGAAAAAAAAAAAUCCCGCCAGACAUAAGCACUUCAAAGAUAAUGAAACAACAUCCAAAGAAUAUUUUUCUCCGGAGAGCCUUCGUCGUCAACACUGCAACCCUAACCCUAAGCAGAUCCAGAAACGCUGCGGUAGCAUUGAUCUUAUCGCAGCGAUGAUGAAUGUUCGCCGCAAAAUACAGUUUGUCGACAUUGCUGGGCGUCAUGCAGUCUUUGCUGGGCCAUCACAUCAAAUGGCUCUCUGCCUGGGAUCAGCAACAGAAGGGAACCCCUAUCAUUGUUCAAACUUGGGCGUAGUAUCAGAACCCGAGCCUGUGACCUGA